AUGAUUGAGGUUGAAAAUUAUUACCAAGAUAAACCAGUUGUAGUAAUAGAAGCACUAUUAGAUAAAGUUACAAAAAUAGAUGUGAUAAUAAGAAAUUUACUAGAAUCAUUGACAAAAACUAAAUGUGAUAUUAAUGGUGCAAGCAAUAACAAUAAUGUGAUCAAAAAGUACAAAAAUAACAAUGAUAAUAAAGAAGACACUGUAUUUGAAGGAUCUAGCUUAGAUUGUAGAGCUGUAACUGAUAAUAGAAUUCAACAAAAGUCAGAACACCAAUUAGCCAAGAUGUAUAGUGUUGCAAUGAUUGUGGAUUAA